CUUCAGGAAUCAUCUGCGUUUUCAGCCUCGGUUUGCAGACCCGGGCGAGGAUCCGGGUUCCGACGGGCGUCCACGUUCUGCCAAUGUGACUGAUUGAUCCAGUAGGUGAACGGUAAAGAUUAAGAGGAUGACAAAUAGGCAUGCUGCUUACACAGCGCUUGGGGCUUAAUCCUCCACCCCUCCACCCCUCGGGCUCCCUUUUGAGGACCUGCUGCCGAGGUGGACACGCAGACGGCGACAUUCCCAGCGGGGAGGACACGCGGACCUGUUGAUGCUCCACAAGUCACCGCUCAAGCUCACGACCGGAGACCUCUCCGUCUGCAUCUAAAGGCGGCCCACCUCCCCCAAAAAAUUUAGGAAGUCCUGCUUUCUACAUUUGUGAACUCAAAAGAGAGCGAAGGACACUUCCGGAGCAAAAUGAUGGAGGAUCACCUGUCGAAGAUCCCCAUGAUACCUUCAUCCUCUCCAACUGAAUCCUCAGGCAGCGGUGGGACGGAGGACAGCCGAGGAGCCAAGAGUCCCGCUCCGGGAAAAGCUCUCAGUCCAGCGCUGGUGUGCAAAGUGUGCGGAGACACCAGCAGUGGGAAGCAUUACGGCAUCUACGCCUGCAACGGCUGCAGCGGCUUCUUCAAGCGCAGCGUGAGGAGGAGACUCAUCUACAGGUGCCAGGCUGGAACCGGGAUGUGUCCGGUGGACAAAGCUCACCGGAACCAGUGCCAGGCGUGUCGGUUGAAGAAGUGCCUGCAGGCGGGCAUGAAUAAGGACGCCGUGCAGAACGAGCGGCAGCCUCGCAGCACAGCUCAGGUCCGUCUGGACUCCAUCGACGUGGACCCUGAGAAGGAACACCUGGCCACCACGCGGGAGCCCACCUCCUCAUCCUCCUCCUCUUCCUCAUCCACCUCCUCCUCUUCAUCCUCCAGUGGCUCUGUCAUCACGUGGCCCCACAUCACCUCCUCCAUGUCCAUCACCUCCUCUGUGGCCCCGCAGGGCUGCGUCAGCCCCCAGAACAACCACCGCUUCAUGGCCAGCCUCAUGACGGCCGAGACCUGCGCCAAGCUGGAGCCCGAGGACGUGGAUGAAAACAUCGACGUGACGAGCAACGAGCCAGAGAGGUCCUCCUCGGAGUACCACAUGGCUUUGUACCCGUCCAGCUCCGAGAACGUCUACGAGACCUCGGCGAGGCUGCUCUUCAUGUCGGUGAAGUGGGCCAAGAACCUGCCCGUUUUCUCCAACCUGCCCUUCAGAGACCAGGUGAUCCUGCUGGAGGAGGCGUGGAGCGAGCUCUUCCUGCUCUGCGCCAUCCAGUGGUCUCUCCCUCUGGACAGCUGCCCGCUGCUCUCCCUGCCCGACCUCUGUCCCGGCAUGCAGGGCAAAACCAGCUACACCAGCCUGGACCUGCGUCUCCUGCAGGAGGUCUUCAGCCGCUUCAAGGCCCUCGCUGUCGAUCCCACGGAGUUCGCCUGCCUCAAGGCCAUCGUGCUCUUCAAGCCAGAGACAAGAGGUCUGAAGGAUCCGGAACAGGUGGAGAACCUCCAGGAUCAGUCUCAAGUCAUGCUGGGACAACACAUCCGCUCACACUACCCCGGCCAGCCAGCCAGGUUCGGAAAGCUGCUGCUCCUCCUUCCCUCCCUGCGCUUUGUGAACUCGGAGCGCAUCGAGCUGCUGUUCUUCCACCGGACCAUCGGAAACACUCCCAUGGAGAAGCUCCUGUGUGACAUGUUCAAGAACUGACGGGAUCAGUAAAGCUCUCUGAUUGGACUCAAUACUUGCUUUGUUUUCUUCUGCAUUCGCAUCAGACCAUUCUGCGUGCUGAUAUUUUGUAAAGAUCCUUUUAUUGUUCUCUUGUCAUCAUCCUCUGUCAGUUUGUAUCAUAUUUAGACGCUGAUUUGUUUCUGAAAAGAACAACGUGAACCUCUUCUAGGCUUCUUGUUUUUGUCAAGACGUGACCCAGAUGUUUAUUUGGUUGUUCAUAUAUAUGUCGUGUAUAUGUCUCCUGUCAUUAAUGGGAAUCCUGUGUUUGUGUUUUUUGUGUCUUGAUAAAGUGAAAACAGCUCUUAACAA